GCCAAGCUGCCAUUUUGUAUUCGUGAACCAAGUCAGUCCAAGUUGUGUGGGGAAGACGGAGUCCAUUCUAUCAUUUGUGGUGCUGUUAGACUUAUAUAUUGAAUUAAAUCAGCGUAAAAGGUACAUUCACGUUCUGCAGUACAGACAGUGUAGUUCGCCGACAGUUUAUCAGCUGUAUUUUUCUGCAUGUUAGGAUUUAGCCCAGGUAGCUAACAGUGUUGGGCUAGAUCCGGCGCUAGCGGUUGGGCUAGCGAAAAGGAAGCCGUCCAAGCUAGCGUCAAGCUAGCUUUGAUGAGAGCUGAAAUGGCGGCCAACACGGCACAAGCAGGCCCGAAAAAUAACUGGGCUUAUAGCGGUGGUGCUGUAGAGAAUCACGUUCAAGAGAACCCAGAAUGGGAGAAAGCAAGGCAAGCACUUGCUUCAAUUAGCAAAAGUCAGAGCAAUGCGAAGACAAGCCAAGCCAACCGGGCAGCAGUCGAGUUUCAGGCAGGUGUGAACGACGCCGCCAUGCAACAACAGCAAUAUUAUCAAUGGUACCAGCAAAAUCAGCCUCAGUAUCCAGGAUACACAUACCCCUAUCACCACCACCACUACUACUACCACCCAAUGAAUCCAUAUGCAGUUGGAUAUCCACAAAAUCAGUAUGCCGUUCCCCCAGGUCCGUACCCAACACCACCAACGUCAAAUGGACAGCCACCUCCGGUGCCUGGAAUGGAAGACCAACCCCCCAACUAUGCCUCUCAACCUCAACUCCCGUCCACUCCUCAACCACCCCAAAGCCCAACCACCUCAGAAAAAACUGCUGCUGCUCCUCCUCCGCCACCCUUGCCUCCUCCGCCCAAUUCCCAGUACCCCCCUCCUCCACCGCACAAUACGUACAAUUCCAACAAUUCCAUGCCAUAUCCACACGGGGAUCCCAACCAGAUGCAGGGUUACAACUCUUGCCCUGGAAGGCCCAACUAUGGAGCUGGCUUUCAGGCCCAGAACAACUUUCAAGUUCCACAGAGUCCAUCCCAGCAGCAACCAGUACAGUAUGGAGCAGGAAUAGGCAGAGGAGAGGCUAAUAAACCUAAAAACCAAAACCAAGGACAACAACUGUGGCAUCGGAUGAAACAGUCACCUGGUACUGCCCCCAUGAAGUUCAAUAUUCCCAAGAGGCCUUAUCAGGUCACCACUUCUAACCAGGCAUUCUCACAAAAUGAGCAGCCUGCUGGACUCAGUCCAGACCCAUCCUCUCCAGUGAAUGCAAGCGCUGCACCUCAGACACGACCCCAGGACUGGCCGCCAGCCAUGAAGGAGUAUGUCCAGCGCUGUUUCACUGCCUGUGAGAGUGAGGAGGACAAAGAUCGCACGGAGAAGGUGCUGAAGGAAGUUCUGCAGGACCGCUUAAAGGAUGGAUCCGCUUACACUAUUGACUGGGACCGUGAACCACUGCCAGAUUUAAAGGGUAAGCAAUCUCGCUGGCAUGCCGUCCCAAGAAGUGUUGAUGCUUCAGCGAGUCGAGGUGGAAGUGCAGCAGCUGCAUCACGAGGCAGGGGUGGCGGUCAAAGAUUGGGUCACUACAGGAAUAUCUUUUCUCAGCGGAGUCCCUCUUCUAGUUCUUCACACUCCUCUUCGCGCUCCCCCUCCCCAACUCACAGCAGACACCGCGACCGAAGCAACCAAAGACAUCGGCGCAGUGAUUCUGGCUCACAGUCAGACAACAGCCUUUCCAGUGAUCUCCGACCUCAGCUGUCAAGACGAAACCAAAAAGGUGGUCGUGGUCGCGGCAACGACAGGGAUCGAGGGCAUGCGGGAGAGAGGGGGCGAGGAAGAGGCGGAAAAGCUAGGGGCAGGAGAAACAUGGAUGACUCCAAUACACCUGGUGGUAAGAAGAGAAAAGGUGGAAAUGCUGGUUUGGAUUUCCAUGACCCUGACAGGGAAGCCAAAAAGCAGAGCAGAGCAGCACGUUUCCAGAAGCAGCUUCGCUCAGAGCCCCUAGUGCUGUCUAUUAAUUCCCUGGACCUUCCUGAUGGGACACAGGAGGGUCUCAGCUGGGAAGACUGUCCCAUUGUUGGGACAUGUCAAGACAUCACAAAACCUUACCUGAGGCUCACCUGUGCCCCAGACCCCGCCACUGUUCGCCCUAUUCAUGUGUUAAAAAAAUCUUUACAGGCCGUGAAAGCUGACUGGAAAACCAAACAGGACUAUCCUUAUGCUUGUGAACAGAUGAAGUCCAUACGACAGGACCUCACUGUCCAAGGAGUUCGUACAGAAUUCACCGUGGAAGUGUACGAGUGUCAUGCACGCAUUGCCCUGGAAAAGGGCGACCAUGAGGAAUUCAACCAGUGCCAGACGCAGCUGAAGUCCCUCUACAAGGACAACCCGUCGGAGAACGUCGGAGAGUUUACAGCAUAUCGCUUGUUGUACUACAUCUUUACCAAAAACUCUGGAGAUCUCAUCACUGAGCUGGUGUACUUGACUACGGCACUUAAGGCGGACGUGUGUGUUGCUCACGCUCUCGCUCUGCGCGCUGCCUGGGCUCUAGGAAACUACCGUCGUUUCUUCAAGUUGUAUCUGGAAGCUCCGCGUAUGGCUUCGUACCUCAUCGACAAGUUUGUUGAAAGGGAACGAAAGAUUGCACUUCGGGCCAUAGUCAAAACAUUUAGGCCCGACUUGCCGGUGGAGUAUGUGCAAUCCACACUAGGCUUCCCUUCUUUAGACUCCUGUAUGGAGUUCCUUACUGGGUUGGGUGUCACAUUCACGCCCUCAGACCCCCUAAGGAUAGACUGCAAAAGCAGCACCACUGCUCUAGCUGCCUCCUGAGAGGAUGGGAGUAGUGCAUUUCAAGGGUGGCACAUAGUCAGGGGGUGGUAGAGAUCCAGAGUAUUGACUAAAUGCAGUGGGUGCACUUUAUGAUACCUCAGCCAGUUCUGAAAGAUGCAGACCAGGAACCACAUAGAUACAACCUAUUUAGAACACUGACGAGAAGUCCCAAACAUAUUUAGAACACUGAUAAAAAGUCCCGUGUGAGAUAAAAGUUUAGAAUCCAGAAGACAUCUAGACCAGUUACACAGAUGACACUGUCCUAUACACACACACACACACACACGCAUACACAGCCAAGUUGUUUCAAUUACAAUAGGGAUGGCAGAAAAACCCAAAUUAAUUUGAGAUUCUCCCCAGCUGCUUCCAUUAAGCAAUACUUUAGAGGCCAAAAAGUCACACAGCCACACGAGGGAGGGCAUUGAUGCGAUGGUUCCUGUUCCAUUAGCCCUGUCAGAUGUCAACGCUAACAGUGUCCUGUUAUGUUUUUUUCCUUCCUCAAGUCAACAGCUCCAAGACCUCAAGUCUCAAGGAGAAGAGAUCCAGCUAUUCCAAGUCAUGUUUGUAGAAGACCACAGAACCGGAUUCAAUUCCAAAGAGACUGUGACACACACACAAAAACACGAAGAUCCCCAGUAUGGUUGCCAAGAAGAAGAAGAGGAGGAGGAAGUGAAGCUGUGGUUUGUAUGUCCUGUCUACUUCAUGCCUGGUUCCUGAAGGUGUCUACACUUUGGCUUCUCAUCCAGUUCCUGGUCCACAAUAGCUUAAGGAGAGUUUGGGACUCGAUUUUACUUCCAAGUUCAGUCACUGUGACAAGUCAGAAGGCAAGGACUCUUGAGCUGGAGCUAGUGUCGUCGGUGUUCGAGUUUCCAACUCUGAAGCUACGGAUCUCGAGGAGUCUACUCAACCCCAGGUGGAAGCUCCUUACGCCCGCUCUUCGCCCACAGUGCUCGCCCCCUUCCUCAGCUCAGAAGGCGGUCACGCAAUGUGGCCUUCGUGGUGGGAGAGAGCGAUGGCAUCGUGGUUUGUAUGCAGUGCAUAUGGCUCUCGUUUUUGCAACAAAAGCUGGUAAGAAAUGGACUCUGCGGAACGCCUGCAAAAUGUCAUGAAUCCCUCCCUUCAAAUUAGAUUUUUCUGCAGGUUGGACAGCAGUCUGUGCCCUUUAAAGGGUCACUGCAUGCUCUUGCAAGUCCUGUUUUGAAACACAUUGAAAACAGUCUAAAUUUUCACAAUUUGUCACUUUCUAAUGGUCUCGUAGCCAUGAAAUCUUUCAAUUGUUCAGUCAAAUUAAUGAAAGUGACAUGGCAACUGCCAGAAAACCAGCCUGCAUUCAAAGUACAUAGUCAUUCAUAGAUUUGAAAAUUGUUAAGGGACUGCUGAGGCAUUUUAAGAAACUGCAUUUUUUUUUUUCUAUGAAAAAAACUGUAAAUAUUGUAUGAUCUUUGCUGUGGUUCAUUCUGCAGCGGUUUUGUAGCAUAGGUGUAUUCAUCCACACAUGGUAAGUGUUCAGUUUUCUAUUGCUGUGUGUACAGAGCAGUGUGCUGUAUGGUCCCAGUCAAUUUUUUUUUUUUUUUUUUUUAAUUAAAAAAAAUUCCUCCAGAGGCGUAAUAUAGGGGUGGGGAAUCUGCGGUGCAUGGACCAUAUUGUUUACCCUUCAUGAAGCAAUUCAAGUUCUGAUGAGAGGAAAAAGAUCUUGUUUAAUCUCCAAAAUAUUUAAGCCGUAAACAUUCCCCGCCCCUCAUGUGAAAUAUUUUUAGCCAGCGGUGUGCAUUACCUGGUGUGGAAUUGGACAUUGUACUUUGUGUCAUGACAAUUUAUCUCAACAUGUCUUCUUUCUCCCCCCCCCCCCCCUGUUUUUUUUUUAUUUUUUGACUUGUUCUCCUCCUCGUCCCUGACCCACUCUGAACCCUUCCCUGAGGCAUCCCCCCCCCCCUCCCUUCUUCAGCCUUUCACACGGCUUACUGCAUUGCAGGAGCGCACAGAGGGAACAAGAUGCUGAGUGGGCUGAACCUCCUCCAGACAACAAGUGGGAGAGUCACUGAGCAAGUCCAGUCUCAUGCCUCUUGACAGCCUAGAUAGUUCCGUAUGAGCCUCUCACGUGCGAUUUAUGUGCUGUUUUUUCAAGUUAUUAUUUCUUACCCCUUUCUUUAUUUUAACAUGGUAGUUAUGUCCUUCCAAGUUAAUAUUCAGAUAUUUUUUUUCUUAUUUCUGGUCAAUAGUCCCGUUCGCGUAGUGAAUUGGUUUCUGCUGUCGUAUGUUUAAGUCAAAAUCUCAGCCAUCAUUAACGCGUGCAUAUUUGGAAUGUUUUGUUUCCCUUCUGAAGCCUAAAAGAAAAAAAAAAUGUUUUCAGUAUUUUUGCUCCCAUGUCCUAUUGAUCAUCACGUCUUUUGUCACGUCCUCUAUCUGCUUCUCGAAACCCUCCCCCACAGCCAUAAUGAAGUUCUCAUCUACUCCCAUUCACCUUUUCUCAUCUUUUCUUUUUUUCUUCCUCACUGAAGCUUUUUUUCCUCCCCCAUGCAUGAUCUGUUCUUUCACUCUCUUCCUGCUCACUCGGUUGUCAUUCAUUUUAUGUUGAGUCCGUUGCUCUCAUGGUAGUAAGUAUGGAAACGAGUUCACGGGCGUCUGUAGCUGAAGGUUAUUAGCAAUGCCUCCUCGCUUCCGCAGACACAUUUUCUAUAGCACCAGCACCUGUAAAUGUGUAUCUCUUUUUGAAGACCAAUAAAAACGAAAUGCAUUGA